GCAAGCUCCUGUAAUUGUAACUCAACUAGAGCGACCUUUUCGGAUAUGAUUUCGGCGACGUCUCGCAAGGACGGUUACUUUUGUACUCCUCUACGCCCAAAUGGCGAUCUCAAUAGAGUCAUGCAUAGAUUAUUAUCGUUUGUAUAAAUAGUGAGACGAGUCCUAACUGAGCAUCAGUCGCCUGCAAGGUGUGAAGUGAUCUUAUUUCGCUCAAACACAACACAGACCUCGUUCGCUAUGAGAUCGCUGGUGGUGUUGUUCGCUAUGGUCGCGGUGGCGUUUGCUGCUCCGCGGUUGGAGAAGCGGUCGGUGGGCCACGCCGUGGCUUACUCGGUCCCGACGGCGGUGUCCCAUCAGUCCAGGGUAGACGUGCGCAGCUCGCCUGCGGUGGUCGAGACGGUCGUGGCGGAGCCGGCGGUGGCUGCGUACGUGGCUCCCGCUGCCGUGGCAUAUGCCGCUCCGGCCGCUACCGUGUACGCUGGUGGCUCAGCAGUAUCGCAUCAGUCCCGCGUCGACGUGCACAGCUCGCCCGCCGUGGUCGCCGAGACUGUUGUCGCCGAGCCCGUCGUGGCAGCUCGCUCCGUGUACGCUGCUCCCUCCGUGUACGCUGCUCCUUCCGUGUACGCCGCCCCGGCAGUGUACGCCGCUCCGGCUGCGGUGUCCAGCCAGUCCCGUGUCGACGUGCACUCGUCUCCCGCCGUGGUCCAAAGCGUGGCCUACCCGUCAGUGGUGGAGGCGCGCUCCGCAUGGGCCCCCUCCGUCUAUUCUUCCUGGUAAAGCGAUCACAACGACUUCGAGCAAAACUGUGUAGUUUUCGUUUCUUACUAUGUCAAAUGUAAAUAAUAUGUGAGAUAUGAAAAGACAUAAUAAAUUUAUAUUUUUUUAAU